CGGCGGGCGCGGGGGACCCCGGAGGAGCAGGCCGCGCAGGCCGCGCCUGAGCCAGCAUCGCCAGUGAAAGAUGGCAAAGAAAACCCUGAGCAGCAGCAGCAGGUCGGGACGAAAGAGACCAGCGAUUUACCCAGCGGCUGCGACCCUGGACCCCGGCCCAGCGCCUUGUCUGCUGGAGGAGCCAGGAGGGCUGUCAGGAGCCCGCAAAGAUCGUCCAGCAAAAUCAGGCAGAAGAAGCAUCCAUUUGCUCUGUAUGGCUGGGGGGAAAGACAGACGGACACGGGGAGCCAAAAGACUCACAAUGUCUGCGCGUCCGCCCCGGUGCAUGAGAUUCACGCGUCAGCGCUGCGCGCCCAGAGCCGGAGACAGUCGGUCGAAGCCAUAGACGUUUGGUCGUUCGUGAAGACGAUGCCCUAG